AUGAAGUUUUCCGAGGGUGAAGAAGUUCUUGCCAAGCAUCCAAAUACCUCUGAAUAUUAUAAAGGAAAGAUUCUUAACAUCAGAGGUGAUCGAUAUAAGAUACACUUUGAAACUGGCAUUGAACACACAGUUAGAGAAAAUGACAUAAAGGCUGAGAGAUUAGGGAGAACCUCAACCAGAACAAGCAGGAGAACAACAAAAAGCCCUACAAGAUACUCUCCUAGCAGGAAGUCACCAAGCAGACGAUCGCCUGGAAGACAAUCAGGUAAAUCCCCUGGGAGAUCACCAAUAUUCACAUCAAGAAAAUUACCUAUUCGUAACACGCGUCUCGCUAAGAUAUCUCUAUCUCGCAUAGAUGUCGAAGGCGAUAAAACAAGCAAUCAUAAAGGAAGUAACGCAAAGACACUGCAGGAGAGUCCAACUGAGUCGUUGCCUCUACAGCAACGCUUGAAGGAAAUUAUAACUGUAACACGCAGACCGACGCUUCUAAAAACUGAACAUGAAUUUCAAUCAGCUAUACUGAGAAGUCUUGACAGAGCCGUCUCGCUUCCGGUGGAAAGGAAAAGUUACGUACAAGAUUAUCCUCCGGGAGAAAAAGAAAGAGGAUACUCAAUGCAAAGAGAUCAAGAUAUAACAAAACCUUUGCAUGGAAGCGAAAAAUGGGAAACAGUAGUAAAACGUGAGAAAGAAAUAAAUAGAGUCGACAAACCUCAAGAAUGGGGUGGAUGGAUUGGAACAUUUUUUCUCACAUUUAUAUUACCGAUAUCCGUAAUCUUACCACAACUCUUAUGCUCGAGAGGACAAUGCAAAUCUUCACUUAUAAAGCUUUCUACCGAUGUGAAAUCUUAUAUAAAUUUAUAUACAUUGCUGUCUUACGUUGCAUUUUUAACAUUAUUGACUUGUAUUUCGAUUAUACCGAUUGGGAAAAUAUCGUACGGGCAGCAGAACAGAAUUGGGAGACUUGAAUAUCGUAUAAAUGGCUUUUUGAGUGCUAUAGUGGCUAUAACAGGAUUUGGUUUAUGUGUAUACAUGAAAGUACCGAUCAGUGAAUACAUUCUGAAUAAUAUUGUGCAGUUGUCAAUAAGUGGAUGGAUUGUGGGAACGAUUUUAGCUGUGGGAUUGUAUAUUAAGGCAGGAAGAGCACCAGUAAUCAAUCUGAAUAUAUAUGCAUCAACCAACAGCAAGAUAUAUAAUUUUUGGCAGGGCAAAGAGAUUAAUCCACGAAUUGGCACUUUGGAUAUUAAACUGUUGUUAAUACGAGCUUCUCUUAUUGGCACGUUGAUUGUGAACAUAGCCAUCGCGCUUAAAGCUGUUGAUAAUAUAAAGAAUCCAAAUAUUGAGAAAAUUGAUGUAGCUACAUUAUUAGCUGUCUUGUUACAGCUAUUUUAUAUAAUACAUGGAUUAAUAUACGAAGCUACUAUCUUUACGUCUUUCACAAUAAUGUACGAAGGAACUGGGUACAUGACAUGUGUUAGUCACUUAUUGUAUCCAUUCUUAACAACUCUCACUACAAGAUUUAUAUUAUAUCAGAAGCUAAAACUUGACUAUUUUGUUGGCUUAUCUAUUUUGAGCUUUAUAAUGGGAUAUGCUCUGUAUAAGAUUAGUAAUUCGCGGAAAGACGAGUUCAGAAAAAAUCCAAUUUCGCCAACAGUACCUUAUUUGGAAACCAUUCCGACGUCACGUGGAAAGAAGUUGAUGUUGUCCGGUUUAUGGGGUCAUGUGAGACAUCCCAAUUAUUUGGGUGACAUUAUAAUGCAAUGGUCUAUCGCCAGUAUUGUUUGGACAAUUGACAUUCUACCGUACUAUACCGCGAUCUGUUGCACGUUAGUACUCGCUUACAGAGCUGUGAGAGAUAAUAAACGUUGUCAGAUGCGCUAUGGAUAUGCAUGGGAGCAAUAUUGUUCACGUGUGAAGUACAUGAUUUUGCAACGUAUAUUUUAAAACAACAGAAUGCAUAGCAUGGUAUUUUUUAAAUACCAAAUUCUA